AUGUUGGUGCAUUUCUUACGAGAAUAUAAUGUUAAUAAGAUAUUUUUGUCACGCUUAGGCCUUUGGCCGUUUCAAAGUAAGCUUGUGAGAAAUUCGUUACCAAUCUUUUGUCUUGUACUUGAAAUAAGUUUUUAUCCGUUCGAGAUAUUAUUGUUGUAUGAUCACCGAGACGAUGCGCAAAUGAUUUUUGAAGGUUGCUAUCAAAUUGUCAUAACAACCGCCUUUAUAGUAAGAUUAUGGAAUGAAAUUUGGAAUCGGGAUAAGUUUCGUUGUUUGUACGAAGCCAUGAAUGAUCAUUGGGAGAUUUUCACGGAUGAAUUAGAAGUUCGUAUUCUAAAAAAUUAUUCUACCAUAUCGCGAAAAUUUUCGAUAUUUUAUUCAACUAUGAUGUACCUUCUAAGUUCAAUGUUUAUAAUAAUCCCAUUGACACCGGUGUUCCUAGAUAUCGUAUUACCUCUUAACGAAUCGCGUCCACGAGUCUUGGCACUCGAGGUUGAAUUUAGAGUGGAUACAGACGAGUACUUCGUGCCAAUUUUCUGUUAUAUUUCUGUUAUAAUUGUGGUGGGUAUGAGCAUUAUGGUGUGCGCCGAUACACUGCACUUUACAUGUACCAUUCAUGCGUGUAGCUUAUUCUCAAUUAUUGGGUAAGUGAUCGCAGGCAAUGUAUACGAUAAAUACUUGGACUAUUUUGAGGAAUAUAAUAAUAUAAAAAUCAUAAGUAUUUCACAGCGAGCAAAUUGAAAAUAUCACGAUGACAUUACGUACGGAGAAAUGUGAACGUUAUGAAAG